GUUACUCAAGACCGGAAGUGCUGAGCUCCUGGUGCUUGGAUCAGCAGCACGGCUGGGAAACAAAGUUACCUCUCGCUUAGAAAUAAUUCAUGACCGAGAAGGCGGAACAUUCCUAAUGACAUCGAAAGGAUGAUCAUUCAUUUUAUAGUGACAAUAAACAACAAUAAAAUGCGUUUCGGCGCGCGCGACUGAGCUCUCUCGCGCAGUUGCGGUUUGUGUGCGCGUGCGCGCGACAGAAAGCUAGCUCAGUGAGUAAAGGCGAGGCGCAGCGAACUGAUUACAAGCUGCUCACUGACACACCGAGACGCGGCAAGGCGACGCUCAAAGGAUUAAAUGUCGUUAAAAGUGCGGACGGGACACUUGUGGAGGAGUUUGGGUUCCGUCUGAGAGAAGUUUUCGCUCGGUUUCGGGGGUUUGGGCUUUCAAAUUUCCCUCCGUUUUGUUCCCGGGGAGGGGAGGAGGGGGAAAGCCGGAGCUAAUAGGGCGGCGGGCUAACACAUUUCAGGCCGCAGGGGCAGCAACGGAACCCCGCUUACCUCUGAAGGGUUCUUGUUUAUUUUUAAAUAAAUAGUGAUUUAGUGACUUUGUUUAAAAGUUUGUAGUUCUCUCGAGCUUUCGGCUACUUCGUUAGUUUUGGAUUAGACUCCAGUCAUGGAUCCUCCAAACUUCGGAAACUCGGCUUCUGCUCCCUCAGCCGGCGCGUCCUCCAAAAGCGGCAAAGACAAAAAGGCGAAGAAGACGUACGAUGAAGGAGACAGCAAAAAGAAAUUUACCUUCAAAAGACUCAUUCCUGACGAGCUGGAGAGGUUUACCAGCAUGCGGAUAAAGAAGGAGAAGGAGAAGCUGAGCACUGCGAGUCAGAGACACUCCACUGCUGCGCUGUACGAGAUCCCAUCCCAGGGUGCCAUGCUGCAAGACCACAGUGAUGACUAUGUCCUGGAGCUCUUUGAGCAGAUGCUGGUGGACAUGAAUCUGAAUGAGGAGAAGCAGGUGCCACUGAGACAGAAGGACAUCACCAUAAAGAGAGAGAUGGUCUCUCAGUAUCUACACACAUCUACAACUAGCCGGAGCCAGAAGGAGAGCUCCAAGUCUGCUGUGAUGUACAUUCAAGAGUUGAAAACUGAACCCAGAGACACACAGCUUCUGAGCUGCCUUGAGUCUCUACGUAUCUCCCUUAAUAACAACCCAGUCAGCUGGGUGCAGACAUUUGGAGAGGAGGGGUUGAUUUUGCUCCUCAACUUCCUCAAGAAACUCCAGGAUGAGAAAGAAGAGUACCCUAACUCUGGUGUUGGAGUAAAGUGCCAACAUGAGAUCAUCCGCUGCCUCAAAGCCUUCAUGAACAACAAGUACGGUUUGAAAGCCAUGUUGAUGUCAGCUGAUGGAAUUCCUCUCCUGGUGCGAGCCAUAAACCCCAGAGUCCCUCAUAUGAUGGUGGACGCUGUCAAACUUCUGUCAGCCAUCUGCAUUCUCGAUCACCCUGAAAAUCUUCAUGAGCGUGUGCUGGAGUUUAUAACUGCACUGGCUGAGGAGAGGGAGAUUGAGAGAUUCCAGCCCCUGCUGUCUGGCAUGCACAAGCCCAAUAUAGCUCUCAAGGUUGGCUGUAUGCAGCUCAUCAAUGCUCUGAUCAGCAGAGGAGAGGAGCUCGACUUUAGAAUUCACAUACGCUCGGAGUUGAUGAGACUGGGCCUGAGGGAGCUGCUCGCUGAAGUGAAGAACAUCGAGAAUGAAGAGCUUCGUGUGCAGCUGCAGGUCUUUGAGGAGCAGGCUGAGGAGGACUCGGACGACCUGCGUUCCCGCCUUGAAGAUGUGCGCAUUGAGAUGGAUGAUGUAUCAGAAGUGUUCCAGGUGUUGCUGAAUACUGUGAAGGAUUCGAAAGCUGAAGGCUACUUCCUGUCCCUCAUGCAGCACCUGCUGCUAGUGCGCAAUGACUACUUGAUUAGGCCACAGUACUACAAGUUGAUUGACGAGUGUAUAGCACAGAUCGUGCUCCACAGGAACGGCUGCGACCCAGAUUUCAAAUGCAGAAACCUGCAGUUGGACAUCGAAUCACUCAUCGAUAACAUGGUGGAUAAGACAAAAGUAGAGAUCAGUGAGGCCAAGGCCAUGGAGCUGGAGAAAAAGCUGGAUGCCGAGUUGACUGCACGCCAUGAGCUGCAGGUGGAGUUUAAGAAGAUGGAGGGCAACUAUGAACAGAAAGUCCAAGAUCUCAGUUCUGAAAAAGAAGCUCUUGGAAAUGAGAAGGCGGACAAAGAGAAAGAGAACCAAGGGCUGCAUGGAGAAGUUAGCCAGCUCAAAGAACAGAUUGAAAAACUGUCAAAGGAUCUUAAGGAAACCAAGACGAAACUCAUAACAGUGUCUAUGUCUGUGCCAGCAUCAUCUACCCGCACUGACCCAUCAGCCUCAGCCUCUUUGCCUGUCCAAACAGGCAUGCCACCUCCACCACCACCCCCUCCUUUGCCUGGCCAAAUAGGCAUGCCCCUUCCCCCACCGCCUCCACCUCUACCUGGCCAAAUAGGCAUGCCCCUUCCCCCACCGCCUCCACCUCUACCUGGCCAAAUAGGCAUGCCCCUUCCCCCACCACCUCCCCCUCCACCUCUCCCUGGGCAGGGAGGAAUGAUACCCCCUCCACCACCUCCAUUACCUGGUAUGCCCCCACCUCCGCCUCCACCUCCAGGAUUUCCAGGAAUGCCACCCCCUCCUCCAAUGCCUGGGAUGCCUCCACCACCGCCAGGAGGGAUGGGAGCCUGGGCUGCUCCUGUACCACAAUUACCAUUUGGCCUAAAGCCCAAGAAAGAGUACAAACCAGAGGUGCAGCUUAAAAGGGCCAACUGGAGUAAGAUCGCAGCUGAGGACCUUUCAGAGAGCAGCUUCUGGGUGAAAUCCAAAGAGGCCCGUUUUGAGAGUAACGAGCUUUUCUCCAGACUCACUCUGGCGUUCUCCUCACAGACCAAGACCUCAAAAGCAAAGAAAGAUCAGGAUGGAGGUGAAGAAAAAGCAGUUCAGAAGAAGAAAGUGAAGGAGCUGAAAGUUCUCGAUUCCAAAACAUCUCAGAACCUCUCUAUUUUCCUUGGCUCAAACAGACUGCCAUAUGAGGAGAUGAAAAACGUCAUUUUGGAGGUGAACGAGAACGUGCUUACAGAGAACAUGGUGCAGAGUUUGCUGAAGCUCUUGCCAGAGGAGGAGCAGCUAAAUGUAUUAUUAGAGUUGAAGGAUGAAUACGACGACCUUGCAGAGGCUGAACAGUUUGGAGUGGUGAUAAGUUCGGUGAAGCGUCUGAAGCCGCGGCUCAGUGCCAUCUUGUUCCGGCUGCAGUUUGAGGAGCAGAUAAAUAACGUGAAGCCAGACAUUGUCGCUGUGACCGCAGCAUGUGAGGAGCUAAUAAAUAGCGAAAACUUUUCCCAGCUUCUUCAGAUCAUCCUGCUUGUAGGCAACUACAUGAAUGCCGGCUCACGUAAUGCCAAUGCCUUUGGCUUCAGCAUCAGCUACCUGUGCAAGCUCAGAGACACCAAGUCUGCAGAUCAGAAGCAGACCCUCUUGCAUUUUCUGGCAGAUAUGUGUCAGGAGCAACAUCCCAAUGUCAUGCACUUCGCUGAGGAGCUCAUUCACCUGGAGAAAGCCAGUAGAGUCUCAGCAGAGACACUCCAGAAGAAUUUGGAUCAAAUGGGGAAGCAGAUCAAGAAUCUGGAGAAGGACAUUGAGACUUUCCCUCCUCCUCAAAGUGAUAAGGACAAGUUUGUCGAGAAGAUGACCAGUUUUGUGGCGACCGCACGAGAGCAGUUUGAGAAGCUCCAGCUGAUGCACAACAACAUGGAGAAACAGUAUGAAGAUCUGGGCAAGUACUUUGUAUUUGACCCCAAGAAAGUGAGCCCCGAGGAGAUGUUUGGAGACCUCAACAACUUCAAAAACAUGUUCCAGCAAGCUGUGAAAGAGAAUCAAAAACGUAAGGAAGCAGAGGAAAGGAUGCGCAAGGCCAAACUUGCGAAAGAGAAAGCAGAGAAGGAGAAAGAGGAGAGACAGAAGAAAAUGACCGCCGGACACUCACUCAACAUCAAUGACGAUGGUGAUGAGACAGGUAUCAUGGAUGGCCUGUUGGAAGCGCUGCAAUCAGGAGCUGCUUUCAAGAGGAAGAGAGCACCACGGCAAGCAGGGAAUCGGAGAGGAGCUGGAAAUGCAGUGACAAACAUUCUCGCCAAAGAACUGCUACAGGAAGACCCCAAGCCUAGCAUCAUAACCAAAAAGAAACGAUUGGACAAUGAGAGCAAAAAGGCAGAGUCACCAGAAGACACGGACUCACUGGAGGAUCUUUUGGACGUUGCUCCACCCCGGUCUAAUUAGGAACUUGCGUGCUGACCUUCUCUUUCCUGCUGAAGGAAUCAGGGGGUUGGACAUUGCUUUUUGGGUCAAAUGUGAUACUGGGGAUCUUUCUCUGGCCUGCAUUCCCAUGUAAGCCUUCAUGGCCAAUUUUUACUGUAGAGGAGGGUCUCUGCUGGCCCUGCCCAUAAUUGGAUCUAAUCAUCCACUGCCCUUUUUUCAUUACUUUUUUUUUUCUUUUCAACAUAUCUUAAAGGUAAAAUUGGAUAAAUCCAAAGAUCUGUUCUUAAAUUGUGGCACAUAGCAGGUGAUACAUUCACUGAUAUUUCUGCACUUAUAUUUAGUUUCGAUUGAUUGUUAGUUGUUUAUUAGUACUUCAUAUCUGUACACAC